AUGUGUCCUCAUUUCACGCGAUCGGCCUGCGCAUCGGGUGUUCUUCGAUCCCCCCCACCGUCUCAACCCUGGCAGCCUGUCCUCGCUAGGCUGCUCGACGAUGUCUCAGCGGUGCUAGCGAAAACCAGUGCGGCGUGCGCUCCGGGCGAGGACCUGGGCCUUCGAGCGCCGAGGUUACUACCACUGCCGUGUGCGCGCGACCCGCCGAAGGAUGCGAGGGCGCAACUUCCAGAGGAUACGGAGCUUCCUGCGCGCGCGCAACGGAAGGGACAUGACGUGCCUGAGUUUUAUGUGAAGAAACAGCGGGCAGACGUGGAUUUUGACAACGCGCAUGGUGUGCGCGAGCAUAAGGGUGGGAAGAAGAAGGCGGCGAAGAAGGCUAUACCGCUUUCUUUGGCGCCGACCAACAAUAGCGGUGGGUCGGAUAAUGCUGGGGAUGCGCCACCUGGAGAGGGAGGAGAUGGUGCUGGCGCCGGAGACGGUGCGGGGGGUGGUGGUGAUGAUGAUUGGGGAAAUGGAUGGGAUGGGGAUAAAAAGAGCAAGAAACAAAAGGAAGAGGAAGAUGAGGCCGAGCGAGCUGCUAAGGAGAAAGAGGAAGAAGAGAAGAAGAAGGCCGCCGAGGCUACUACUAAUAAUCUCAGCUGGGCUGACGAUGGAGAUGUUGGUGACGAUGGGUGGUUUAGUGCGGGAGCGAAAAAGAAGGGCAAGGUAGGACAUCUAGAUCUGAACUUCGAUUCGGCUCCAAAAUCCACUGGUUUUGGCUUCGGAGGCUGGGGCGGGGGUUGGGGCUCGACUCCCAAAGAGGAGCCUCCUAAAGAUACAAACCCAUGGGCAAGUGCCAAUAAGAAAAAGACCAAGACCACUGGUGGGUUUGACUUUGGUAACUUAGGCCCUGCACCCGUGGAAGAGAAGGCAGACAGCAGCUGGGGCGCAUUUGGUACCAUUGGCAAGAAAGGCAAAAAGGCCGAGCCGCUGCCUGAUACCAAAGAUGAUGACUGGGGUUGGGGGGCCUCUUCCAAAGACAAGAAGAAGAGCUUACUUGAUUCUGACCCCCCCCGAGCCCGAGCCGAACUUGAGCUUGUAGAAGUCCCCGGUCCACUCGCUGAGGAUCCUGUCUACAAUGGCAUGUCUAAGAAAGAACAGCGGAAGUACAAAAAGGACUGGGAAAGGAGAGUGAAGGAGGCGGAGGACGAAAAUGCAUCCCGGCAAGAAGCCCGAAACAAAGAAAUCGAGGAGCGACAAGCCAAACAAGACGAGGCCCAGAAAGCUAAGGAGGAGGAUGCCAAAAAGGCGGAGGCCGAUAAUGACUGGGGCUGGGAUGUUCCUGCCAAGAAGGAUAAGAAGAAGAAGAUCGAUCUUCUUGCUGAUCCAGAGCCUGCGCCUGGUCCACCGGCCAAGGAGGAAGAUGACUGGGGUGGAUGGGGUAUCUCAACAAAGAAGGAUAAGAAAAAGAAGGGCAAAGCGGAGCCGGAGCCAGCUCCAGAACCUGAACCCGAGCCCGAGCCAGUCAAGGAACCUGAAUCCAAGGCAGAGCCAGAGCCUGAACCAGAGCCUGAACCUGAACCAGAGCCGGAGCCAGAAAAGCCAGUAGUUGCUGAUGAUCCUCUUUAUAAAGACUGGUAUACCCUUUCUUCGAAAGAGCGGAAGAAGCGCGAAAAGAAUCUGGUCAAGAAGGGUCUUCCAAUUCCCGGCAAGGACUUCGAACUUCCACCUGAAAAGGCCGCCGACCCAGAGCCGGAGCCGGAACCUGAACCUGCACCUGAACCCCCUGCAGCACCAGAACCAGAGCCGGAGCCGGAGCCGGAGCCACUCGUUGAACCAGAGCCAAAACCUGAAAAGCCACCCCUCCCCCCACGGGCGCCAACUCCUCCUGCUCAAGGCUUGACACCCGAACCAGACGCAGCUCAUGAUGGUGCGGAUGAUAUAUGGGCAGAUCUGGCUCCUAAGAGCUCUAAGGCCAAGAAGACUGUCAAGGAAGAAAAACCAGCGGCUAAGGGUUUCUGGGCUACUUUAACCGGCGGCAGUGGGACUAAGGCGAAAGCCAAAAAAGAAGAUAAACCCGAGGAACCGCCUGAGGAAGACCUUCUCAUUGAUGUCGCUGAUGAUCCUCCCAAAGAUCCCGAUCCGGAACCAGAGCCUGCGCCAGAACCAGAGCCUGCGCCAGAACCAGAGCCUGCGCCAGAACCAGAACCAGAACCAGAACCAGCACCAGAGCCGGAGCCGGAAACGCAACCUGCGCCAGAGCCAGCCAAGUCUAAGACUAAAAAGCUUUCUGUUGCAGAGCGUAUCAAGGCUCUUGAGCAGAACAAGAAAGAUAAGGCUGAUGCGAAAUCGACUUCCAAGUCGAAAAAGAAGAAGGCAGAACCUGAACCAGAGCCUGAACCAGAACCAGAACCGGCGCCGGCGCCGGAGCCUGAGCCUGAGCCCUCGGCUGAAGAAGAGAAGCAAGAUUCGCUUCCAGGUGCCUUUCCUGAUGAACCUGAGCCGGAGCCGGAGCCUGAAGCUGAACCGGCCCCGGAGCCAGAACCAGAGCCUGCACCAGCACCCGAGCCUGAGCCAGAUGUUUCGAAAAUGACCAAGAAGGAGCUGAAGAAAUACAAAAAGGCACAGGCCGAGAAAGCAGAAAAAGAAGCAGCUGAGAAGAAGGCUGCCGAUGAAGCGGCGGCAGCUGCUGCUGCAGAGGCAGAAGCAGAGGCUGCCAAGGAAGCGGAAGCAUCUAAAGAAGCUGAUGUGGAGGCGGAUGCGGCUGAUCCGCCCCCACCGGAGGAUCCAGAACCAGCCCCUGAGCCUGAGGCCCCUGCUGAGGAGGCGCCUGCUGACGAUGGAGCUCCCCCCCACACCCCCUCCCGAGGAGCCAGAGGACAAACCCCCGAAGUCAUCGAAGAAAGACCGUGCUCCCGACGCGAGAGCAGGGUCCCCGCCGAGGAGCCCCCCAAGGAAAAGGAGUCCAGGAAGAAGUCGCGAGAUGAAGACGCCGUGCGUACGAAAUCCAGCAAAUCGCGACCAAGGGGAUCUGACCAGGAGAUGAAAGAGUCGUCUGCGUCGGACCGAGAAAAACGCCGCGAUCGGGAAGCACGAGCUUCGAAGCAGCAACGUGCCACAACGUUGUCCAACUUUAUCCUCGGCGCUCCCCCGCCAUCUACGCGACCUAAGCCGAUACGCAGGUCGACCACAUCCAAAUCGGCUUCGAGGCCCGUCUCCCGCCGUCCGUCACUGGAGGAGGCUGCAAUGAUGUCCCCCAUAGACGAUAAGGCUGAGGUGCCCGAUAAGGCAGCUAAGCUUAUGGGCAUGGGUGGCUCAAAGUCGAAGCGUGACCGUCCCCGCGCUGAGAGACGCAAGUCAGGUAUGUUGUUAUUUCAGUCGAAAGAACUCGAGUCGAUAUCUAACGUGCUCACCCUCCGCACAGCUCCCGAUCCUUAUGCUAUCGACGAUGAUGAUAUGGUUGUGGUCGAUAUGGAAGAUGCGGGUCGACAGUCACCGAAGGAAGGCUCUAGAGGCUCUGGGCCAUCCAAACGCAAGUCCAAGCCAGAAGUUAGUUAA